AGUUUUUCGAUCAAAUCAUAACAAUGGCAGUCUUUAGUUUGUAUCGUUGAGAAUAGUUUGAGGUAUUUUUUAAAGCAAAAAGAUAUCCCAACACCCUUAAACGAUUUGAAACUUUUAGUGUAAGUAAUACCCACUGGUUUCUUAUAAUUUAUAAUUAAUCAAAUAAAUAACUGAUAUAACAAUAACAGGCACCGCAUACUUGUACCAGCAAAGUCCAAAGCCAAAGUUUCAUCAAAGGCUGAUAGUACUGAUUAGUACUGAUACUAAUAAUAAAUACUAAUACUGAUACUGAUGAUUGUGAAACAAGUGAGAGUGAUACAUAUGGUGAUACGGGAUGUAAAACAGUAAAAUUAAUACUUUAGUCAGUAUGCCUAUAUUUAUAUUAUUAGUGUAAAUGUAAGAGCCCAUUCAUCAAUAAUCUGAUUUAAAUGUAAUUAGGGUAAAAGUGCAGUUCAGGUGCGUAUAUUAUUUCUAAGCGCAUUUCGUAUUUUAAAAAAUUUUCAUCAUGUAAACUUACGUGUAUUCUUUAAUAAUUAAAUAUAGGCAGUUAUAGUUAACUAAUUCUGGAUUAUAAAUCGCAUCUUUUCUUUUUAUUUUACUUCAAGAGAGUCUUUAAACAUCCCCCAACCAAAGGGACACAGCCCCCAUUUGUUUGUAUUUUUCUUUUUACGCUAUGCCAGAUUUUUAGCCACCUAUAAGUUAGUAUGCUAAACGAAAUUUUCAAACUAAGCAUGUUCACAAAAAAGAAUGAAAUACUAGAUUCUUCAUUACGCACAAGCGCGCCCCCCCCCACUUUCUUUUUUUCCCCUCUCAGAGAGCUCGGAAUAUAGGGGUUGUCCUUUGAAGUCGAGUCGGGGAAGGGGGGGGGGCAGAUUAGAAGUGGAUCACUGACUAAGCAGUGGACACACACGUCAUCAUUGUCCUGGACCUGGUGUGAAGCUGAUCACCCUGAAGGCUGCUAAUACGCUGUCCGUGAUUGGUCAGCUCUAAUUUGAGCACCCCUCCUCUUUUUUCGUAUGCAAAUGCGCUUAUUACUGGUGACUGAUUUGCGCUGAGUAAAGUGAGGGCUAGUGAUUAUUUUUUUUAUAUUAUAAGACGGACUCGUUUUGGCUUUGCGGUAUUGCUGGUUGUAGGAUCAUUUUGUUUAAAAUUGCAGGACGACCAAGAAACAAUAACUAAAAUUGUUGAUGCAACAGGCAUUUUUAAUGGUGCAGCAUUUGGUUUAUACGCGCACCUUGUGGGGCAACAAAUAACGUUAAUACAACUGGAAUUUCUCCUAAGGCGCUCGUAACAAUUGCAAUGUGGCUUGUAAGCUGGGUUCGUAUGUCAAGUAUGUGAGCUCCCCAUAAUUACCGGGAUCUGCAUAUCACCCGAAACGGGAUCUCACCGUAACCGGUAUCCCGCCAGGAUCGGUAACCCACUGGAUCGGGAUCCCACCGGGAUCAGGAUCUCACUAGGAUCAAAAUCCUAUCGGGAUCGGAAUCUCACCGAAACGGGAUCCCACCGGAUUGGGAUCUCAUUUAGUUUGGGAUACCACCGGAAACGGAUCUCACCGGGAUCGGUAUCUUACCGGGAUCGGGAUCCCACCAUGACCAGGAUUCUAUCGGAAUCACAUCGGGUUCGGGAUCCCAUCAUGAUCCUUCCGGGUGCCAUCGGAAAACGGGAAAAACGAAAGGUUUACAUAAGUUAUUUUAAUUGUUUUUAAUAGGAGACAAAUUAAUUAUUAUUAUUUUUACUAUAGUGUUGUUGUUUUGUUGUUGACAUUUCGUUUAAUAGCAAUGUGAACUAAAAGGACGGAACAGAUGUUUCUUUCUGAAUGCAGCCCCAGGCAACUCCGGUUAUAGUUGAUAGUAAAGUUAUAAAAUAAAUACAUCAUUUAUUUCAACAAGAUUCAUCCAAUUGGGCAACUUUUAUAAAGUAUCUUUAAAGACAGAAGAGUUAUCCUUGAUUUACCACAAUGGCUCCGUAAAACACGAAAGAUUCAUAAACAUGUACUUUUUUUAUCUCGUAAGAAUUUGUUAAAUUGUUGUUGUAUUCCAAUAAAAAGAUGGUAUAUAACUUUUAAAAUACUUUGUAUAAAGAAUUAACAUAAGUUUACACGGGAAAAUAAGAGAUUCGAACAGAAAUAAUACCUGAACUGCACUUUUACCGUAAUUAGUUGACCCAAGUGCAACUGCCCAAGUAGCCUAGAGUCCUAAAACUAAAGUGGACCACUCACCACUGUCACUGAACUCGGUAAAAGUCACUAUCUUUUUACUAUCUACCAAACCAAUUACUAUUAUUAAUUAACCUAAUUAUUCUAAUUAAUAAUAGACUGGUGAGUUAAAAUAUUGUUUUUUAUGUCAGUAAGUGUAAAGAAUAACCUGUAAAUUUGGAGAGAUAGUACCAUCAUGGUUGCGGCGACCCGCAAAAUUUAUGUCCUAAAUGUAUCCCUAAACCUAACCUAAACCCUAAAUCUAUCCCUAAAUCUAACCUGAACCCUAAACUUAUCCCUAACCUGGGUUUUGACCCUAUCGGAACCAGGGUUUUGACCCUAUCGGAACCAGAGUUUUGACCCAAUCGGAACUAGGGACAAGACACGCAAACGACGUCAGGGUACUAUCUCUCCAAAUUAGCCAAAUAACCUGCUAAAAAUUAAAGUGGAACAAAAAAUAAAUGAAUUGGCUAUUACUAUACUGUACUAUAUUAUUAUGACUUAUAAGUUAAUAAGUAUCUAUAAGUAUAAGUGUAUGUUCAUCCUUCCGCCUAUAUGAGACAAUUGAGUAGCUUACUGAUAAUUCCUCAAAUGGCUAAUGAGGCUGAUCCUGAAAUUGAAAUGGCAGUGUUGGCUGCACUUCUCACGGGAAAACCUUGACUUCUGGUUUAAUUUAGCCAUUUAAUGCUCUUUGUGUUUCAUCAAGAGCUUCAUUUUGCGCAUCUUCUUCUACCUGUUUUAAUUCCUCAUGCACUGCUUUUUGCCAACCGGAACAGUAUCAGUGAUGAUCUCCAUGAUGAUCUCCCAUUUGCUAAUUUUUAUGUAGGCUUCCCCCUUUUUCCUUUUGCAUAUGUCCUUAAAGCCCAGCUGUGUUCAUCCAUUAAGUCUUCCCCAGCUCUCCAUACAGCAGGGCCUUUUACUUUUGGAAUAUGGCCUUCCUCCAUUCUCCUUACAUGGCCUAACCAGCUAAGGUGCCUCUUACUAAGGGCAGAGAACAUGCUGCACAAUAAGGCUCAUUCCAGAACCUCUGUGUUAGGUUGUUUUUUUCCUACAAUAGAAUUCACAGAAUGCGCCAGAGACACCUUUACUUUAGUGGAAGCUGUUGAGUACAAAUUAAUGUAGUCCACACUUAACUGCCAAAUAGGGGCAUGUUGAGCACACAUGCAUUAUAGUAUAGAUGCUUAGUUUUGUGCUUUCAGUGAGUUUAGAAUAGCGUAUAAGUGCAGUUCAGGUGUGUAUAUUAUUUCUUAAAGCAUUUCAUAUUUUGUCUUUUUUUUUUUUUAUAAAUUUUAUUUGAUGUCUAAAGCGUCUUUGAACACCUCCCAAACCAAAGUUACAUAGCCCCAUUUGUUUUUUUAACCCGAUUGCCAGAUUUUUAAUGACCUAUAAGUAAGUAUGCUAAAUGAAAUAUUCAAACUGUAGGGAUGUUCACAAAAAGAAUGAAAUACUGGGUGCAAAGGGGGGGGGGGGGGGGGGGGAGGGGGGGCGGAACUUAAUUGGAAUAGGGGCCAAAAGUUUUUGUUUUUUGUUGUUUUUUGUUUCUUAUAUGAGAGGUAUAAAUAUAACUCCAAAUAAAGGCUCCGGCAUGGUCCCAGUUGUGAUCCCGUUCUCCACCUUGAGAUCCUUAUCUCAAUGAGAUCCUGAUACAAUAGGAUCCCAUUUCCAGAUGGGAUCUCGUUCCUGGUGGCAUCCCAACCCCAUAGGGAUCCCAACCCAGGGCAUCCCUAUCCUGAUGGGAUCCAAUUUCCCGGGAGGAACCCAAAUCCGGUGGGAUCCCAUACCUGUUGGGAUCCUGUUCUCAGUGAGAUCUCUAUUCCCAUUGGGAUCCUAUUCCCUGGUGGGGUCCUGUUCUCCGGUGGGAUCCCGUUCCAUUCAGCUUGGGACCUAUUCUAUAUUGUGAUGCUGUUACCAGAUUAGAUCAUGUUUUUUUCAAUUAGAUCCUGUUCCUCGUUAGAAUCCUGUUCCUCAGUGAGAUCACUUUUUUGGAGGUAUCCUUUUCCCCGGUGGGAUUAUGAAGGGUUUUGGCAAAUUUUGGCUAAGAUCCAUCAAUACAUGAAGCAGUUUAUACCGUAAUCUAAGCCUUCAACUUUAUUUAUGUAAGCGAAGUGGCUAUUCGUACCCGGGUACCAGAAGUGAGAGGUUGGGAUUAAAAAACUAUUUAAAAUAUUAUUGUUGGGUUUGUAAGACAAAAUGAGGAAUCAAAUGAAAGAUAAUUGAAUGGCCUAUAUGUUUGUAAAAUUAAUUCUUCAGUUUAAUUAAUAUAAACUACCACAAAUGACAUCCGAAUAGCAUUGAAUCAAAAUGGACCAAGGCAUGCAGCGCCACCAUUUGCACCCUGGAACCUUAGCCUAAACUUUUUAUUAUGGAGCAAUCUUGACGAAGGCAAAAUCGCAAUGAAACAAUUCAAGGAUAACACUUCGAGAUGACUUGGUCAUUGGAUUUUGUAAAACGAGAUCAGGGUAUUCUGUGUCAAAGAUAUUAUAAGCUGAGAUAGGAGGAAAGUUAUUACAAUUACACUUAUCGUCCACUGUGGCAAAUUCACAAAUUAAAGCUGUCCUUAGAUGGCGUAAAUGCCAAAACAUAUGACGAAGUUUUGCCUCGAAAAAAACGAUCACCAGAAUCAUUUUUUAUGUGAACUGGUUUUAUCAUUUUCCCCCAACCUUUCAUUACAAUAAAAUAAUAUGAUCAAACAAUAAAUAUAGAAAAGAAAAUGACUUAUUUGUUUGUAUUUAUACAUUCUACAAGCAUUCUGCUGUACUUUUUUAAUCUCAUAAAUUUUUAAAAUUAUUGUUGUAUUCCAACAAAAAGAUGAUAUUUUACUUUUAAGAAUACUUUUAUAAAGAAUUAGCAUAAGUUUACAUGCAAAAAUACGAAAUUGGAUCAGGAAUAAUCUAUGCACAUGAACUGUGCUUUUACCUUGAAGUUUCUCACUGCCUAAUCAAUUUAGUCAUAGUUGCUGCUUAGGUGAUCCUGGUGUUUAUCUCUUUAUCAAUGGAGAGUGAGCUAGAGGACCCAUGACAUUUGUUUUCUGUAGGCUGACUUUCAUUCCUAACUCCUUACAGGCACUGGAGAAGCGAUUUACUAAAUCUGUUGCAGUCCCUCUUCUGUGUGUCAUGUUAAGGCAGCAUCUAGCAAACAACAGUUCAUAGAUAAAAACUUUUUUUUUUACCUUGGUCUUUGCACGAAGGCAGGCGAUAUUGUACAGCCUAAAUUCAGAUCUGGCAUGUAUGUGGUCUCCGUCUUCACAGUCCCUUAAGAUAAACUGAUAGAGCAUUGAGAAGAAAAUGGAGAAGAGUGUUAGUGCAAGUAAGCAGCCUUGUUUAACUCGACUGCUGACUGGGAAUGCCUCAGAGGCUGCACCAUUGAAGGUUACUGUGCAGUGCAUGUUUUUGUGAAUUGACUUUAUGGUUCCCAGCAUUUGUGGGGCGACAACCAAUUUUAUGCAAGACCCAGAACAGACUACUCCGGCUUACCAAGUCAAUUGACUUAGUCACAUCUAUGAAAGCAAUGUAAAGAGGCCCAUCCUGUUCAAAACACUUAUGUUUAUUGUUGAAUGACCACAUCAGAAGCCACAAUGGGACUCUAGGUAGAUGGGGUGUAAGACUGCAAUAACUUAAGGGCAACAAAGGCAAAACUCUUUCCAACUAAGCUAAGAAGAUAAAUUCCUUGGUAACUAUUACAGUUGCUGCGGUUUCCUUUAUAAUGGUAAAAUGUUAAGAUGUCGGGAUCUCUCAUGACCUGGGGAAUGUAUCCUGUUUCGCAACAAGGGCAGAGAAGGUCAUUAUUGAUUUAGUAUAUUAGUAUCAGCACUGGGACUAUGUUGGUUUAUUCCUAUGUAUGUGACAGUGAUUUUUAAUAAUAAACAGGCCUGCAGUUUUUAAAAAUUGUUGUUGAUUCGAAAGCCUCUGUAAUAAAAAGAGAAGCUAUGUUAAUGAAAUGAGUUGGUUGUGAUUCUUUAAAAAAAAUAUGACUGAAUAAAAGUAAUACACUAGGCACUAAAUGAUAGCUUAUAGUUAUGGGACUAUCAGUAACAGUUAUGAGCCUAUCAAUAACUGAAUGGAAUAUAAUUUAGACAAAGUAAAGAUAAUAAUCAUUAAUUAAAUUGGCUUAUAUUUACACUAUUAUAAUCCAUAGCAACUGGGGGCCCCCACCACUCCUCUCCAGUACAGGCUACUUAGUUAAUAAAAUGAUACAUUUAUGGCCUCUGGGCAUGGGCUUAUGCAUACAUGCCAUAUAACAAUUCACAUCAAAACUAAUUUUGAUCUUACUACUUUUGUUAUUAUUCUAUUCAAAUUACAGCCACCAAAACAUCAUGUCUUGUCUCAUUGUUUUAAAACCCCCAAAAAAAAAAAUUGAAAAAUGUAAACAAAUGUCUUUCUCUCAAAUUUAUCCGAAAAAGCUUGAAUCUCUUAUUUAAUUGUGUUUAUUGUUGUGCAAUACUGAUGUUUGGUAAUGGAGUCAUUACAUGUGAAAUAAUUAAAUAUUGCGAAUUUAAAUGUUUCUCAAUAAAAUGAACAUGCAAGACAGAUGAGCUCUUUUCUUGUAUUUUCAAUAUUUAUGUUUUCAGACUUUCUUUCAAGUGUGGGAUUCCCUUAAAUAUUUUUAAGCAUCAAAAUGACUAUUAUAAACACUUCAAAGGUCCUUUUUUGGAGUAGAGGUUUAGCAAUCUGUACAAAGUCUUUGAGAUUAUUUCAUAGUUGUCAUUCCCAUAAAAUAAUAAAUAUCUCAACAAGACUUAACACGUGCAGUGAAUCAAAUAAACCGUUUACAAGGAAAACUAGUGCAUCAUUUUUUUUGUGCCGUCACUAUGCUUUGACAAAUAAGCAAGCAAGUCUCACUAACUCCAAAGAACAAGAAUUGGACCUGAAACCAGAUGCCAUUGAUAUAUUUAAGUCUGCCAUCAGGGCUGUGCGGCCUAAGGCUAUGAUAGAAAAUGUUUUGCUUUACAACCGAAUUUCCUCCACUCUGAAAGUCCAAGACAGGUGUUACACAAUCAAUAGAAAUGUGUUCAUAGUUGGUUUUGGGAAUGCUGUUUUGGGUAUGGCAAGAGUUGUAGAGGAUAUGCUUGGAGAACAUGUGGUCACAGGCAUUAUCAGCAUUCCUCUAGGAUUGCAGGAGGAGAUUAAAGAUGCAUACAGCAAGUAGGUUCAUUCUACUUAUAUUAUAAGAUCAUACUUAUCACUUUUUAAAGUUGUUGUUUUUUUCCCCACUAUACUUUUAUUUUAUGUUCCUGUAUUGUUUUACUUUAUAACUGUUGAGAUUUUUUUUUAAAUACUUAAUCAUUAUUCAGCAAAUCAUACAAGCUACAUUUUACACUAAUACACUGACCCUCAUGCAGAAAAAAGUUGUUUAUGAUAUCAGAUUUAAACUAACAAUCACCGCCACCACACAUUCCCUGCAACUGUAGACAUAGAAUGCAUUAUUUAAUUUAUAAAGUACUGUAGAACACAUAAAUCAUAUGUGGUUCUUAACUUGUCUUUAAGUUUUGUUUAAAUAACUCCCUGUAAAGUGUAUGCAUUUAGAGGCAUAAUAUUGAUUUCAUUAGCUGCAUGUUUCUUUCCCCAGUGAAAUGUUCCUGGCACCAGAUACAAAGAUACAAGUGUACGUAGGUGCCAGUGAUAACGAGGUGGAUGAGGCUGGACAUAAUGCCUCAAAAGCCAUCCAUGGACUUGUUUCCAACCUAGUUGAGACGGAUGUACUUAUAGUACUCUGCUCAGGUAAAUAACUGAAACCUAUUUAGAGUCAAUUUUAAUAAUACAAAUAGUGUUACAACCCAAUUAGAUUUAUAACACAAGAUAUCAAAAUAUAUUUAUGUUGAUGUCAAUUGCUGUACAUGGCCUAAUCGUAUGAAAAUGAAGAAACAUUUUUUUUCUGAUUGCAUUCAGUAUCAGCUCGUGAUCACUGUCACAAAUGACUGGGGUGGGGGUACAGGACAGAGCUCCAUUGUUGUUAAGAUAACUUAUUGGACGGACGGAAACUGCUGUUAGUUUAGGGACGCCAUUGUUAUGGGGGUAAAUUAAGGUUAAUAGAUUGUCACAUCUUGGAGAUAGAGGGAAUGGUUUCUUUCCAUGACUUGGCAUGAUAAAUUUUGGGUUAACAACGGGAAGUUCUAAUUGACCGGAAAUUAGGGGGCAGGGGUGUUUUUAUAGAUAGCAUUCCUGGACCACCUAUGGAGGUAGAGAAUCACAUAUAAGAUAGAGCUUUCACGGAGUUAAAGUUAGUUGAGGAAGAGGGAACAGAGUUACGACGUUAGUUGAGGAAGAGAGACCAAAGAGAUAUGAUAGAGUUGAGCAGUUGUUAGGGAAUAGUUGCUAGAGAUCAGGAGACGACAGAUGAUUAGAAGAACAUAGAAAUAGUUCAGACGAAACAGUUUAGAAAUUCAUAGCGGAACCAACAGAAGAACUUAUAUCUUAGAAAUAAACACACUUUCAUUAUCGUUGGACACCUGGAGUUUGAGUUGUUGGAUUUCGUUGUGCUUUUGUCUUUCUUAACGCCUAGACACCAACCAUAUAAAUCACAGAGAGGAGCGGUCCUGUACUGACCACUACUUAGUCAACACAGUUCGUGAUAAGUCAGGACCGGAGCCCUCCUCCGUAACAACCGUUCUGUGACAAUCACAUAAGUAGUUAAAUACCGGUAAAAGAAAUAUUUUAGGGCGACCUUUAAACCUACAAUAAUGCACUUGGCUUUACACUAAUGCCUAAAAUGACAAUUGUUGAACAGUGUAGAUUGGCUCGGCUAUGCCAGUAGAAUUGAGGUUGGGCAAGAACCCAAGAACAAUGUCAAAGGACAACUUGAUCCUGGCAAAAGGAGGUCUCAGCCUGCAACACAGGUAUUUAAGCAAAAGAAAACGUGACAUCAUCUAACACUGAUAUCGGAAAUUGGUCAGCAUUAAGCAGGGAUUAGGACAGGUAGAGUUCAGGAUUACAGAUCAUUCAGGGGUAGAGACAGGUAGAGUUCAGGAUUACAGAUCAUUCAGGGAUAAGGACAGGUAGAGUUCAGAAUUACAGAUAAUAGAUCAAUUACAUCAGUGUGGGAAAAAUACUGCCAUCUCCAUGCUCUAAAGCUGUGUCAUGGACUGCCACACUCCUGUUGACUACACAGUCCCAAGACAAGCAAUGAAGAAUCUAGAAUCUAUUUUCUUAAAAUAAAUGAUGCCCCUACUGCCAUCAAUGUUAAUCAUUUAUACUUUAAUGAUUGGGAAUGAUUAGAGCCAAACUGAAGAAAGGUGGCAUUAAUUCACUCUUCUCGUUUGCAAGAACAGUUAAUCUAAAUUUAUACAAAUCAUCUGAAACAGAUGAAAAUGUACUAAAGCCAGAUUUGUAAAAACUAUUUUUAAUUAUCUCCAGCUGGAGGCUCCACAUUGUGUCCAUCUCCACAUCCACCAAUUACUCUCAAAGAACUGCAUUUGACUACUGAACUGUUAUGGCAAAAUGGAGCUAAUGUCAAAGAAAUGAACAUCAUUCGCAAAAAUAUUGAAAUGCUGAAAGGUGGGGGACUGGCUUUAGCUGCAAGACCUGCAAAAGUAAGUAUGACUUGGGCUAAUUACUUUCAAUACUUCAGGAGGCUGAAGUCUCUGCAUGUUUUCUCUUGGCUUGUUAUUUUUAAUACUAUUUCUUGUACUUGUACAUCGCAGUUGAUUCUGUAUGAACAGAAAAUGUUGUUUCACUUAAACAGAUAGUGCCAUAAAUUGAAAUAGCUUCUGUGUAUUAGAAACUAAAAAUAACAAAAAAAGUCUCAAACUUGUAUCUACAGGUUCUGUCCCUUGUGCUUUCAUCUGUUAUUGGAGACACAGCAGAUCUUGUGGCCAGUGGCCCAACAUGUCUUACACAGCCCACCCCACACCAUUGCCUUGAGAUUCUACAGAGACUAGCCAUCAUAGACAAAGUUCCUGACAAUGUGCGCAAGUUUUUAGAAAGGCAAGCCAAACAAAUAAAUAUUGCAAAGGCACAGACCAUUCAUGAUCCCUUGCAGGCCAAGGCCGAGAGAGAUGCCAUUUGGCAAGAUGUUCAAAACAUUGUUGUGGGGAAUAACUCCAUUGCUUGCCAGGCUGCUAUAGUAAGAGCAUCUGAACUAGGCUACUUCCCUUUAAUUCUAACCACAGUUUUGACAGGAGAAGCCAGGGACAUAGGAUUUCUGUUUGCCAAGUUGACCAAGUUUGUUAUGAUGUGUUUCGACAGGUCAGUCAAUUUAUUAAAUUGUUAGAGAAUAUUUUAGGCAAUAUUUUUUUUUAGUUUAAGGAGUGAAAUGUCAAGAAUAACUGGUGAACAUUGUUGUACACAAUUCUAAUAACCUGCCAUUGUUAUGACCAUGCAAAUUUAUUAAUAAUUAAUUAUACUUAUGUGAACUCACAGCUUAUUUGUCAUUCAAUAUUUAAGUCUGUGAAAAUGUGUCUAGAUCAAAUCAUCAACAGUUGGAUCAAACUUUCUACUAUUAAUUUUCUCAUUGAAGUAAUUACCUAUCUUCUGGAUUCUCUUGGCAAUAAAUUAUUGUUUUAGAUUUAGCAGAUGAAUUAACAAUGAAGUGUUUAAAGUAGCGAAUAAAUCAAUGUAGCAAUCAUUCUUGCAACCAAGCACGCUAAGUAACAGGAAAACAUAAGGUUUUUUGAGUUGAUACUUAAGCUCUAGCCAAGUUAUUACAACUAUAAAUGUUUCAGACACAUGUCAACAUUUAUGAUUGAGAUAAGUGUUCAUAUGGUUCUAAGAUAAUAAAAGAAAACCUGUCAUCCUAAGAGUAGGAGAAAAAACUACGUCUAUAGAUUUUUAUUUUGUUUUACAUACAAAUAAUAUUUUAAAAUGCAUCAUUCUAGUUUUGUGACUAUCUUUGCACAGACGGGCAGGUCUGGAGCCCAACCCGGAGCUUUCCAUGCUAGAACUAGAAUUAGUUCGUGGAGGCAUCAGGAAAAAGUGGAUCAACCACAUCAGUAACUCUGUUGACAGAGCCCACAACAUGAACAAAGAUAUUUGCAUUAUAUCUGGGGGGGAGAUUGACAUCAGCGUUUCCGGCGCAGGUGUUGGGGGAAAGUGCAUGGAGUCAGCCCUGGCAGCAGCCAUUCAGUUGUAUGAAGAGUUCAGAGUCAAAGAAAUGAAUGUUGCAGAAUCUCAGAUGUGCUACCUUAGCUGUGACUCGGACGGCCAUGAUGGUGUGACAAAGAUGGCCGGCGCUGUUAUUGAUCAGUCCCUGCUGGAAUUGGUGGAGGACAAGAAGCUGGACAUGGCCGAACACCUCAAAAACAAUGAUUCUUAUAACUUCUUCAUGCGCGUCAAUGAUGGAAAAAAUUUGAUCCGCACCAAUUUGACAGGCACUAACAUAAUGGAUAUGGUUAUACUCAUGGUUCAGAGGCCUAAAGAGAAGAAGUAUCAGUGGAGUUAAGAAAUGAACACAAUGGUUUAACAUAUCCUUCACAUGCAUAUAAGAAACCAUUUUGUGUUAAAGAGUUUAUGGAUUUGACAGUGUACAUUGGUCAUAUUGUAAUUUAACUGUAUAGAUCAGACCUGCACAACUUAAAAUGUAUGGCGGGCCGUAAUAAUUUAUGAAAAACUAGUGCGGGCCGAAAGAAAAUAGG